GGUAGAGAGUCAGUUUACUAGGUCUUCCACGGCAUAUGCUAGCACUCUCAUCAGAAAGCUUGUCACUACAAAGUACACUGGUGGUGGAGUAAGGGAUCACAUAUUGAGGAUGAGCCAUAUGUCUUCCAAGCUCAAGUCUAUGGAGAUGGAGCUUCCAGAACAGUUCAUCAUCCAUCUGAUCUUUGCCUCACUCCCAAAAGAAUUUGAGACCUUUGCUGUGAACUACAAUGCACAGCCAGAAAAGUGGGCCAUUGAGAAGAUGAUUGCCAUGUGUGUGCAAGAAGAAGAGAGGAUCAAGGGGCAAUCUGGUGAUUCUAUCAAUUACCUAAGCCCAACCAAGAAGAGGAACUUUCAGAGUUCCAAGCCACAAGGGAAACCUCAGUGGAAUCCUCCUCCUGCCAAGCCGCAUGGAAAAGCUCAAGAUCACCAGCCGCAUGAAGAGGUGGCCAAGGACACUUGCAAGUGGUGCAAGGAAAAGGGCCACUACCAGAAAGACUGUGUGGCAUUCCUGAAACAUCUGUGCAAGAAAGGGAUUCCGUAUGAGACAGACCCUGCAAAGAGGAGAAAGAUGCAUUAAAGUAGCAAACGACGUCCAAGCUGAAGUCGAAGCCAUUGGAGAUCUCCCAUUAGUAUUAGCUAAUGGCUUUGUACUUUUAUUAGUAGAUGUGCUUUAUGUACCCUCUUUGCAUCGGAACUUAAUAAGUGUAUCGCGCUUAGAUGAUGAUGGUUUUGCUUGCCAUUUUGGUGAUGGUCAAUGUAAGAUCAAGUUUAAU